UGUUUACUCUUAGGCUUCCACAGACGGACAGUGUGCCAAAAUAAUUGAGUCGAGCGAAUCGGCUUUCGUUUCCGCCAUUUUUGCCCGUCGUGUUGUUCAAUUAAAUUUGAGCAAAUGUAAGAAUUUAACCGGAUCGGAGCUUAAAUUUUUGCGUUUUUUGUUGUCAUAAGGAAACGAAAAAAUACGGCGUGUGCUAAUUGCAUAGCAACCUAUGACAGACCAAUAACAGCAGAGACCUGACAAAUGGCUCAAGUUGUUGUCGUGGACAAGGAAGCUCAGAAGGAAAAUGAAGACGUAGAAUGUGAUGUGUGCGGUAAGAACCACUUGACAGAAGAAUGCCCGGAGCUGGGGCUAUCCAGCACCAAGUUUAUCCCACAGAUCUCUCGUGCCAGGUUAACAGCACCACACUACCUGAACCCAGUGGAGUUUCCUGAUGGCGGUGUGGGUGUCUUGGCAUUGGAGCCUAUCUCCAACAAAACGCAGCUUGGCCCGUUUGAGGCCAAGAAAACCAUGCACGAUAUUGACAGGGACGAUCUCUUUGUCUUGAAGAUUCUCUCGAAGGAUGGGAGUUUCAUCAGCCUGGAUGCCAGCAGUGAGGCUCAUUGCAACUGGAUGGCCCUGGUCCAGGUGGCCGCCACGGAGGAGGAGCAAAACUGCAUGGCCUACCAGCUGGGCAUCAACAUCUACUUCAACACCACCAGGGACCUGGCCAUCGGAGACGAGCUCAAGGUCUGGUACGCCCCCCAGUACGCCAAGAAACUGAACAAAUCACUGACACCUGAUGGAAAAACGAAGUCCAUGUUGGGAGAGGUUCUGUUUACUGAAACUGACAUGGAGGAGGAGGAGGCUGAUGAGGGAUUGGAAGACAGAGGAGAGGAAGAAGAGAUGGGUGAGGAGGGGGUGGCAGGGACAGGCGAGGACACUAACCUCAGUCUAGACGGGCCCAGUCCAGAUGAUGUGGAGGGCGACUUUACCUGCAACCAGUGUUCAGAGAAGUUCACGUCUCAGUUUCUUUUUGCAAAGCACAUCCGUGAACAUUUGUUCCCUGUUUAUAAUUACAGCGAAGGGCCCCCUCGAAGGGGUAGGAGGCCGGUACCCCUCAAGGUCACAGAAGGUCGAGGAUAUGGAGGCUCAUCAACACCUCGUGGGCGAGGGAGAGGAAGGGGGAGAGGUCGAGGUCGGCAUAGGGGACGUGGUGGGACGAUGGUUGGGUCCGGACGUCGCCCUGGAAGACCGCCAAAGAUACCGAGGCCUCCGGAAGAUGAAGAAGAGGGGAGUCCGGAGGCAAAAAGGGUGAAGGUCAGUGUAGAAGAAGAACCUGGAGGCCCCGCGGGGGCUGAAGCGAAUAGCGAGAAAGUUGUGAUUGUGGAGCAGCAAACACCUGUUGUGAAAAGAGGGAGAGGUAGACCCAGGAAAAUCCAACCUGAACCCGAGCCCGAGCCCAUUGGCCAAGAGGAGGAGGUCGGAGACGGUGCAGUAGACACCCCAGACUCCUCCACACCGUCCGGAUCAGCCACAGACGUGACUGUCAAACUGGAAACUGAUGCGACUGCUCUUGUCCCUGACAGGUCAGGUUCGGGUCUGAGGAGAAGUUCCAGAGCCCUGAAAGGACUGGGAAAGCUGAGCAAGUGGUUUAAGUAUCCCGGGGAGGUGUCAUCCGACGAGGAGACCCCUGCUGGAGGGGGCUCUACAGAGGACGAGGAACUGAAACCCCGCAAACGGUUCGGCAUUGCCAUGGCGGCGUCACUGCGGAAAGCAGCGAUGGAUGAAAUGACAUCUCCGGUGGUGAAGAGGAAAAGUAGCGGCACCAAUCUGGCGAAGUCACCGUCCGCUGGUGCCAGCUCAACUGUGAAGAAAGUGUCGACCACUCUGCUCAAGGAGGCUGCCAAAUCAAAGCUGACCUUUGAGAAACCAGUUGUUCUGGUGGAGAAGAAGAAGGAGGAAGAAGACAAGUCGACAGAGUCAUCGUCGUCGGCAGCGCCCGGGGAGGAUGGUGCGGAUGCGGCCAAGAAGGACGACACAGAGUCUCCCAAAAAGUACAUCGUCAUCACCAAAGGAGACACUACCACUGCGUACGAGAUUCCCGUGUCCUUCCAGCAGAUCAUGUCCUCGGAGAGCUGCUCGCUGUCUGUGGCAGCUGUUUCCUCGACCGAGCUGGUGGCCGCAUCGUCUUCCACAACACAGCUGGUGGCUGGAGACCCCAAGACCGCUUCGAGUGCAGCAGAGUCUGCACAACUGAUAACUGUUCAAGCCACAACAACUGCAACAACAGCAACAACAACAUCAAGUGUGUCAGGUGACACUGCUGCUAAAGAAGAAGGGGAGGUUGAGGAAGAUGAGGGGGAGGUAGUGAAGAAACUUACAGAGGAGAUGGUGGAGACUCUAGUGGAGGGAGAGGAGUCUUUGGAAACGGAGGAGGAGGGUCGAAGCAAGGCGGAGGUUGACGUGGUGGUGGGAACCCGGGAGGAAGUGGUAGAAGUGCCCCGCCACGAGAGGAAGAACACCAUCGCUGAUCUAGACGGCACGGAUGCCCUCACGGCGCUGGUCAAUGCCGCUAUAUCUGCAGACAAAGUCCCAGACCCUAUUGCCAUGGUGGCUGCUGACCUAUAUGAUGAUCGCACCUUGGAGGACGAUGAUGAUAAUGAUGAGUACAAAGCUCCUAUCAAGAGCUACAGUGCGGAAACUGCAGAGGAAGGAGAGGAAAGUGACGUCGGGAAACUUCCACAGCCUCCUAGACAGAAGAGGAAAAAACGCCGCAGGGGAGAUGACCCUGAACUCGAGGAACUGGAGAACAUGACGAAAGUGGUGGAGGGGCCGAAUGGCACAGAAGAGUUUGCCUGUGGCGUGUGCAACAAACACUUCACACAGCUCAAGUACCUCAAGCUGCAUCUGCCAGCACACACAGACCGGUACCGCUGUAAGGUUUGCGGAAAGCGGUUUGCCAGGAACGAGUCUCUGCUCAAACACACGUGCGACGACACGGCAAAUUUAGUGGAGCAGAGCAUUGAUGAGGAGGGCAACGACCUGUUCUGCUGCCGAGAGUGCGGCCGCUCGUUCAGUCAGCUGAGCUUCGCCACUCGCCACGCCUCCAUGCACCGCGCUCGCUUCACCUGCGACAAGUGUGGCCGCACGUUCCUGCGGCAGGACCUCUUGGAGGAGCACGAGUGCGUGGGAGGUCAGCUGGAGGAAGGGGAGGUCAGCGCUGAGAGGCACGAGUGUCAGAUCUGCAAGCAGGCGUUCACCAACGGGAAAUACCUGUAUCGACACAUGGCCAUGCAUACGGACAUCUACAAGUGUGAGGUGUGUGGCAAAUGCUACUCUCGCAAGGACUCCCUCCAACGCCACAUCUCCCGUUGCUGCCCCGAGCUGGCAGGGGAGUACAGCGUCCACGUAUGCCCCAACUGUAAGAAGACAUUCGGCACGGCUCUUGGCCUGCAGAACCACAUGCUCAACUGUGGCAAGUACCAGUGCGGAUCAUGCAAGGUGGCCUACUUUUCCAUCAAAGACCUCGCAGAACACGAAUGUGCGGGCAAAGUCCUCAACGAGAAAGCCAACGUGCAGUUCCCUUGCAAAGAGUGCAACAAGACUUUUGCCAGCAUAGCGUAUCUGGUGCGGCACGAGGCCUCGCACCACGACGCCUUCAAGUGCGACCUGUGUAAGCGUGUAUUUAUCCGCAAAGAGGAGCUCAACUGGCACACGCCCGUGUGUGCAACGCGCCAGAAGAUCCAGCAGGAGGGCAAGGCUCCGUGUGAGGUGUGCGGGGAGGAGUUCAACGAGUGGCUGGCCUUCAAGGAGCACCACAUGACCCACACGCACCCGCACCAGUGCAACAAGUGCGGCAAGAGGUUCAUCAAGAUUGGAACUUUGCACAAUCACAAGUGCGAGGGCCAGACAGACGCCAACGGCGAAACCACCAACCUGCUCUCCUGUGAGAUCUGUAAAAAAUCCUUCAAGAAUGAACGCUACCUGGCUCGCCACCUCUCCCUGCACGGACAGCCAGAGUACUCGUGCGAGUUCUGCGGCAAGUUUUUCACCCGCAAGGACUACCUCAACGACCACCAGUGCCGCAUGCCGGACGGCACCACGGUGCGCAUGGUGCGCAAGAAGAACCGGCUGUACAUCAGGGAUAACCUUGCUUGUCCGGAGUGUGGGAAAACGUUUAGUUCUCGCAGCAACAUGAUGAAACAUAUGAAGGUCCACGGGGAGAAGCAAGCCGAGUGCCACAUCUGCCACAAGCGCUUCCACUACGAAAACUACCUCAAGCUGCACAUUGCCACCGUGCAUGAGAAGCAGUACCAGCUGCAGUGUACGCACUGUGGAAAGGUUCUCUUCUCCAAGACGGGUCUGAUCGCCCAUAUCAAGCAGUUCCACGCUGAAACGAUCCGCCUGUACCCCUGCCCCAAGUGUGGGAAGACAUUCCGGCAGAAGGGCAACAUGAAGACCCACUUGAUCUCCCACACCAAAGAGAGAGCCUUCAAGUGUGACGUCUGUGGCAAGGCUUUCAAGUACCCCGACCAGCUGAACCGGCACCGCCUGGAGCACACACUGACCCAGAAGUUCGCCUGUGAGAUGUGUGACAAGCAGUUUGUCCGCUCGUAUGAGCUGCGUAACCACAUGCGCAACUACCACAGCGGCUUUGUCUACGUGUGUGGCGUCUGCCACGAAUGCUGUGCCCACCGUCACACAAUCAUACGCCAUUACAAGCGGAAGCACCCUGAGGUCGGGAACGUGUUUGAGGAGAAGCCCGAGUUCCUGGACUCGCUGCAGAAGCCGGUGACGGCAGCCACUCAGUCCCGCAUGAUGGUGGACAGCGAGGACAUGAAGCCCAGCAUCCUGCGGGUCGGGCCGGGGGCCAGGGAGGUCAUCAUCACCACCGGGGAGGAGGACGGGGCGCACCACAGCUUUGGCUCAGGGGAGGUCAUUCUGCACCAGGGUGGACCCGGAGAACUUCUGGCUGGUGCUGAGCAGACAGUGCAGCACAUUGUGGAGGGUGCGGACGGAGAGUCGGCCAUGUUUAUCCUCAAGGUUGUGAAGCAGGAUGAAAACGGCACCAUCCAGGAGAUGGAACUGACAGAAGACACGAAGGCUCACCUGGCGCAGUUGUUGCAAGCUCACAGUGGAGGGCAGGACACCAUCACUCACAUACAGGUGGGUGAUGAGACCCUGCAGAUCCAGCGGGAGGUUGAGCAGGGUGGAAUAGUCUCCACCGACGCGACCGGCCAGAUGGAGUUUGUGCAGGAGAUCAAGUUUGACCCUCAGCAGCUGGAACAACUCCAGUCGCAGGCGGCUGCGGAGGUCGUAACCUCGGACAAACUGGAGGGCGGCACGGCUGUCAUGGCCGCCGGCCAGGAGCAGGUGUCGGUCGGGGAGUCUGUGAUUGCCAGCGUGGCCGGGGAAACGUUGUCUGCCACCGGGGAGGUGGAAGGUCUUCAGGUGGUGGAGAUGGAGGACGGUCGGCUGGGCCACAUCAUCCACAUGGAGGACGGGGCGCAGAUGCUGGAGAUGGGCCAGGUGAUCCAGAUGGAGGGUGGCCAGGUCAUCCAGCUGGACCAGGCGCAGCUCAUGAGCAUGGACACGGGGGAGAGGGUGGUGGUAUCGACGGCUCCGGCCGGGCCCAACGGCGCCACGGCAACCAUCGUGGCUCAGCAGGGAGGGGAGGACUUUGUGUCGGCGGCCGCAUCGCAGCUCUCGCAGCAGCAGCAGCCCGUCUCGGUAACCUCUGUGUCCUCGGCCAGCGCUGUCACGGCCGCCAGUCUGAGCGCGCUGCCGGGUCUGAAGGUGCGGAAGCGCCGGCGCAGCAACGGGGAGAUUGUGGUGGAGGUGGAGGGUCAGGCAGACGACGGGCAGAUAAUCAACCUGGACCAGACCAUGGCGCAGGCCGGGAUCCACCUCGCUGCCGACCAGAGCCACAGGCUGGAGGAUGUGAGUCAAGGUCAGGACCAGCUGGAAGUAGUUCAAGGUCAAGACCAGUUGGAAGUAGUUCAAGGUCAGGACCAGUUGGAAGUAGUUCAAGGUCAGGAUCAGCUGGAAGUGGUUCAGGGUCAUCUUGAAGUACAGGGUCAGCUGGAGGCCGCCGGUCAGGGUCAAGGUGAACUUGUAACAGCGACGGAGGUGGAGGAGGACGGGGGGGAAGAACAGCUCCAGAUCCAUCACCAGGGCGUGGAGGAGAUGGAGAUUGGGCAGGGGGAGGUGGGGUUAGUGCAGGAACAGUCACAGCUAUUGGAAGAGGAGGCCUCGCAGCUCGUGGCUGUGUCUUCGGGGCAGCACCACCACCAGGUGGCGCCAGCAACAGAGAAGGGGGAAGAGGAGGAGGAGAGCGCUGCACCGGCCAGGCCGGUCAUUAGCGAGCUGGAGCUGCAGCUGACACAGGGCACGUCCGGCAGCGU